AGCAGAGGCACACAGAAACCAACUGAGAGCAAAUUAAUGGGCACCAGCGCAGAGAAAAUUGUUCUAGACUGACACCAUGGAUGAAGCUGCAGGAUGGUCUCCGAGUGGCUCCCAUGGAGCUCGGCAGUAGGAUGCAAGUGUGUGUCUCCAUCUGUUUGCUCCCACAGAUGACUUCCCAUCUUUGCUUACUCAUCCUGUCUGGCUUGGCAGUCUCAUCCCAGUUUGGUUUGGAGGAUGUUUUCUUCAGUCCGCAGGACCAGACAGUCAGAGAAGGAGAGGGAGUUUUCCUCCGGUGUGUAUCAGGGGAGAGUUCACCUCCUGCAAGCAUCACAUGGCUCAAAGAUGGAAAGGUGGUCACAAGAGGUAGACAGAUUCAGGGUGAAUAUGGAGGUGGGCACCAGAAGAAAACGUCAGGCACUCUUCAUCUUUUCAACGUAACAUUAGAAGAUGAAGGGGUUUACGUUUGUGUCACACACAAUCCUUCACUGAACAUCAGCAAGAAGAGCAGACAAGCCAGACUUACUGUGCAGGGGGUCCCUCGGAGGCUGCAGUUCAUCCAGGGCCCUGACAACAUCACUGUUGCUAUAGGAACUGAAGUCUCCAUGCACUGCAGUGUUCUCGGCUUCCCUGUUCCCAUGGUGCACUGGUUCAAAGACGGGUGCCUCCUGAUGAACUGCUCCGGCUCGUUCAGCCUCCAAAACAAUGGACAGCUGCUCACAUUCAGAAAUGUGAGCAAGGAGCAUGAGGGCUCAUAUCACUGUGAAGCAUCAAACCAGAAAGAGACAAUCAGGUCGCAGCCAGCCUUCCUACUUCCAGCUGAAAUGGACUGGAGUUUUGUGCAGCAGCCCACAAAUCUAACGGUGAAGAGCAGCAAAAAUGUUACGGUAACCUGUAGGCCUCCGUACAGCAGACCAGCAGCGCAGGUGUCCUGGUUUAAAAACAACCGGCUUCUCACUCCCACUGAAAAUGUAACAAUGCUGCCCAGUGGAGACCUCUUCAUCCACAGUGUGCAGGAGCACGAUAGUGGCAGCUACUUCUGCAGGGCCUCAAACACCCAUCUUCAAAGAUUUCUUACCUCGAGACGAGCAACACUCACUGUUUUGGCCCCUCCAUCCGUCAAGCUAUGGCCCCAGGUAUUGACGGUGCCUUUGGGUGCUCAGGUGGUGCUGGAAUGUCAGGUGUCUGGCCACCCUUUACCGUCCAUCAGCUGGAUGAAAAGAGGCCACACCAAGCAGACAGGAGGCAAAAUUGCAUUGGCACAGAGAAAUGCCACUCUCUACAUCCAGUCAGUCCGGAGCUACGAUGAGGGGGUGUAUGUGUGCGAGGCAUCCAACACACUGGGACAAAGCCAUGGCACAGCACUCCUAAGAGUUGCUGUGAGCCCUUUAAUAGUGGUCUUUAAAGAUCAGGUGACCUACACGAUUGGGACUUUAGUGGUCCUGCCCUGCAGAGCAAUGGGGAUUCUCCCUAUCACAUACACCUGGAUGAGGGGCAGAACAGAGCCACAGUCCCCUAUCAGUACCACCGAAGGCAGACACAUAGAUGAAGAUGGGUCCCUGCAUAUUUCCAGUGUGCAGUACUCUGAUGCAGGAGAGUAUUACUGCACUGCUGAGAACCGAGCAGGACGACAUCAGAAACGGAUGAUCCUCAUCAUCACAGAUCGACCUUCUGAUAGAGGGAGACGGACAAGACUGGUUUUGUCUGCUAGCACCAGCGAUAAUGAACAACGUCCAGCUUCCAAGUGGAGCGACUCAGUAGCCGAGCAGCGCUUUAAAACAACACGUUAUCCACAUGUACAGGAAAAGCAUAAUGAGACAACAUAUGAAUUUUUAACACUGAACACAGUCUGGUUACCUCUUAUAUCUUUUUGCCAAGCUCAGAGGAAUUUAGGUGUUCCCAUACGACAUGCUGAACGUCGAGCAGCAGGACGUACGUAUGAAAACAGAGCGUUUGAAGAUGAUGACUGUGUUGCAGUGAUUGAACAGAGCCCCAACACAUCAGAAACCAGAGCCAGACCCCCAGGGCCCAGCCUGGUUACGGUGCAGAUGGAGCGCACGUUUGAUGAAGUACAAGAGGAUACCCAGCGCUCUCUGGACAACCACUCAGUCACUGUAGAGACGUACCCUGAGCCUAUUCUUGACACCAAGAUUGAUCCUUCUCUGGAGGAGGAGAAAGGGUGCAGUUUGUCCCAGCCCAGCAUUCAGGUGCACUGUACUGAGGAUUGGACCAGUAACAGAGGAGACAACCAAAGCCCAUGCCAGGACACGUUGCCUCCUCCCUCACCCUUAAUCUCCCGUUCUCCUUCCCCAUCACCACCAUCCAGGCGGGAAGAAAGCGUGCACUCUUCUUUAACACUGCAGAGUGCUGAGCCAUGCGUUGCACCUAUCCACCACAGUCUCAGCAUUUCACAUGGCAACCCUCCACUGUUGCUGUCUCACAACGUCUCUGUGGGCCUCACCACAGUAGCUGUUGAUGUCCAUUUUUACCCUGCAGCUACUGCUCCAAUGGCAGUAGGGACUAGUACUCACAUUAAUUCAGUUUCAAACUCCUCAGCAGUGACUGCACCUCUUUUUAGCCCCACGUUAGCUAACAGCCAGGAGAAUGAUCAGUCAGCUUCCAGGCUGCAUCAGUGUAAAUAGCUACAUUAUAGGACAAAUCAUCUUCAGUGCUGGCACACAUUAAGUGAAAUGGGAACAAAGUUUUGGCUAGCUUGAUGGUGUGGAGAUAGGAAUGCAUAGAUUACUAACGGGCUGGCUAGCUGAUCCAAAUCACAUUUAAGAGUGUUUUACACCAGUGGUGAUAAGCAGAAUAUUA